UUCCAAUCAACCGGACCGGCCCAAGAACCCCGGAUUGAGUCACUCACCAUUAACUAGUUUUUGUGUUUGCUAUACAAAACAGGUUCGUCUAUCUCUCCGUCGGCCGAUGUUCUCAUCAUUCUCGGUUAGUCGGUCGAAGAAAUCACAACGUUCAGCAGCUGAGCUAGGAAUCUUGAGUGCAGAAAACCGAAUUUAAGUUUAUCAAAAUGGCUAAACUACUGCUUGUGGGCCUUGUUGUUUUGCUGGUAAUCGCUGCGAUCGAUGCUGCCUCUUUCGGUCAGUGUCCCUUGGCGUCCAAGGUGCAAACGUGUACCCCCAAAUGUCUGAGUGAUCUGGAGUGCAGCACGAGCGGCGGAAAGUGUUGUCCAAAUACGUGCAACUACAAAUCUUGCGUCAGUCCCAACCAGCUUACCCAAAGCGGAUCGAGCGGAAACAAAUAUCAAUCCGGAGGAGCAGGUUCUUAUUGUGGAAACGUAAAGUGCAACUCGUAUGAAUCUUGUCAGCUGGAUAAAACUACCAAACGCCAGAAGUGUGUACGAUCUUAAACAUUUAUUUCGAUCAAACUUAUGACACAAUUACAGAACCAUCACUGUUAACAUAAAUUCUAAA